AUGACCAGACAGAUCCCAUCCGACAUCUCAAGAGCCGAUUGGACGUCUCCCUCGUAUACGAUACUUCCGUGCAUAGCGCCGCCACGCUCUCCACAGGGCCUCUGCAGGCUGCGGUUAGCUGCAGGAGAAUACGAGCCUAUGGUCAACAUCUCGGACUUCUGGCUGCUCGAGAAGCACUUCGUUCCAAUCAACGCAACCCUCGUUGACGUUCCGCAAAACAUUACACUCUCCUUCGGCGUUGGAAGCGUCCACGCAUGGCUCCUGCAGUCGCAAAUGACGGGGGUACAGCAGCAGCAGGUACAGAUGGGCAUUCAAAGUGCGCGGGAGGGCUUCAUGCUCAAGCGUAUCCUCCUGGAAACAAACCCCUUCAUGCUCGCAUUUUCCGCGACGCAUGCGUUUCUAUUUUCAGACAUGCAAUUCUGGUACAAAAACGAGUCUAUGGAGGGACUCUCCGCGGUGUCGCUCAUCUUUGGGUUUGUUUGUGAGGAGACGUCCUGGCUCAUCCUUUUUGAAGUCUUUAUUGGCAUUGCAAUCUCGGGGUGGAAGCUGACGAAAGCCGUCAAACUCGAGCGCCGACACGACUUCCCUUUUGUGCGAUUCUCAUUUACUCGGAGCUAUUCGGAUUCCCAAACAAAAGACUAUGACCGCACCGCCAUUACUUACGCCAGCAUUGCACUGGCGCCCUGUCUUGUGGGGUAUGCGGUGUACGCGCUACUAAACAACAAAUACAAGUCCUGGUACUCGUACAUCAUUUCGGUCCUCGCCGGUUCCGUCUACACUUUUGGUGAGGCAGUGCCUCUUUGA